AUGAGCUCCUUCCUGAUGAACCCUGCGUCCGCAGGUGGCGGGUACCACCAGCAGCACCAGCAACCUUCGGCUGCUCACCACCUGGCCGCCGCUUCCGUCGUCGUGGACCCGAAAUUUCCCCCCACCGAGGAGUACAGUCAGAGCAACUACAUCCCCUCGACGGGCGCCGACUUCUUCGGGGGAGGGCAUCACCUCAAUCAUCCACAGUCCCAUCAGCUGCAGUACGGCUACCAUCAGCACCACCACCAGGCGGCGUCCACCCCGUACGGGGCUACGUCCGCGGUGCAGCUCAACGGCGGCUAUCCAGGGUACGGGGGCUACUACGGACCCCAUCAUCCCCAUCACCAGGUACACGCGGUGCACCAUGCCACCCUGCAUCCUCAUCACCACGCGGUCGGAGCUCUCGCCAUGCCUCCCGAGGCCCAGCAGCCUCCUCUCGCGUGUCCACCCUCGAUGCACCCCCAACAGCAGCCUCAGCCACCUCCGACCACCACCCCCAGUGUGCUGGGAUCUACCGCCCUCUCUCCCUCGAUCGGGCCCAGCCAUGUGCAGCAACCCGAGCAUCAGCACCAGCCCCAACAUCAGCAGCAUCCGCCGCCGCCACCCCAGCAACCGCAACAACACGAAAACGUCUGCAGCCCCGCUGGCUCCGGUUCCCUGCACCGGGAUAACUCCCCGGAUCUGCAGCAGCAACAGCCCUCCCAACACUCUCAGCAUCUUCAGGCUGCUCCCCAGCAGCAGCAAACGCAUCUGGAGGAUGGCUCCGACCAGGACGACAUGGAGGAUGAUCAGAUGAUGGACGGGUCUCCUGGCAUGAUGGAAGAGGAUGAAGAUGACGAGGAGAACGGGGAUCGUGUCAUCUACCCAUGGAUGAAGAAGAUUCACGUUGCCGGUGUUGCAAACGGCUCGUACCAGCCGGGGAUGGAGCCGAAACGACAGAGGACGGCGUACACGAGGCACCAGAUCCUGGAGCUGGAGAAGGAGUUCCAUUACAACCGGUACUUGACGAGGCGAAGACGCAUCGAGAUCGCGCAUACGCUGGUGCUCUCGGAGCGGCAAAUCAAGAUCUGGUUCCAGAACCGGCGGAUGAAGUGGAAGAAGGACAACAAGCUGCCCAACACGAAGAACGUCCGGCGGAAAAACGCGAACGGCCAGUCGACGCCGGCGAAGCCGCCGAAGGGUGGAGGAUCGAGGGCCAAGUCGGGGAACAAUUCGGGGAACAACAACAAUCAACGCAAGAACAACAAUUCGCCGUCCAGCGGGAUGGAGAGCAGCCUGGACGGCAGUGUCGGGCUGGACCUGGGAGAGGUGCACGUCGGUGCUGGGAUCGCUCAUCAGCAUCCGACGCAUCCCAGCUUCCAGGGUCAUCCGCAUCCCCUGGGUCAUCUUCAGGCCCAGCUGAGCCAUCUACACGUAGGAGGCAUGAUGGAAGGAGCCACCGGUCCCCUGGGCCACAUGGCCUCUGGCAGCAUCAGUCCUCUGGCUCCUGCGACGAGUCCUCCAGGACUCUCCGCUCCCGUGGUGCCUCCACCGGCAGUGAAGUCCGACUACGGUCUCACGGCCCUGUAA